CAGAGUCCGACAGACCCGCAGCCAGUCCGCUCUCUGAUGCCCACAAACUGCGACUCCAGCUCCCCAAAGUGCGCACAUCUGAGCGGUAACUCUCUCUCUCUCAGCCUGAACAUCUGGAUCUGUCCGCAGCUGCUGCACGUUUUCUCUUUUCUUCCUCUUUUACUCGCUUUUUACUGCGCAACCGGGAGAAAGUGCCGCGUCCUGCGCAAGAAGAAGGAGAAGUUGAGAGAAGAAGAGUUUUGCUUCCCGUAGAUUAAACGUAACUAACAGGGAGGUGAAUGGACCUCCACCGGCCCUUCAAGAUGGACGUCUCCUCCUAUCUGCCAGCCCCCCUGGCCUCCCCCGCCCUCAUGGUGCUCGCCUCCACCGCAGAGUCCGGCCGCGACGCCUCCGUCCCCUGCCAGGCGCCCAGACCCUUCGGAGUGCCCGUGUCCCUGGAGAAGGAUCUGCACCUGCCCUUCCCCUCCGCCUCCUACACCUUCACCUCCAUGUACCAGCGCCAGGGCCCCAUGUCCGGCACCUUCCCCUCCAGAGACUUCCCUUCCUCCCUGCUCCACCUGCACCCCCAGUUCUCCCCCCCUGGACACCUGGACUGCUCCACCCUCAGCAUGCUGAACCACAGCGGGGUGGGCGCCUUCAGACCCUUCUCCUCCCCGCAAGAGGAGAGGGAAUCUGGGCUGUACCACUCGGCGUUCACCCCCGCCAAGAGGCUGAAGAGCUGCUUCCCGGAGACGGAGGGCAAGGAGUUUGACUUCGGAUCCCCGGGAGGAUCCUUGAAGGGCGGGGAGGAUUCUGGGAGGAAGCUGUUCUCCAUGUCCGGCCUGAUGUCCGACGGAGAGGCGUCGUCCAGCCCAGAGGAGAGGAAAGAGCACGGAGAGUAAUCGUUGAACAAGAGAUACGUUUUGGAUGAAGCAUUC